AUGCGCUUUUCCCUCUCUUUGGUUUCCGCUGCCAUGCUGGCCACUUUGGCUACAGCUGCUCCUGCACCUCAAGUCAACAACAACAUGGAAGUCUCCUCUGAAGCAGCUCCAGCUGAACCCAUUGCCCUUGAAAUGGGUGCCGAUUUCCAAACUUUCAACUGGGCAGCUGACAAGUCAGCCGAUCGCACCUUUACCUUGAACCUUGAUGCACCCGCUCGUUUGCAGAUCACUGAUUACAAGCUUGGCGGUGAUGCUUUUGAAGUCCUUGACAAUGGUGAAGUCAUUGGUAUCACCAGUGAAGGUGCCAACGAAGAAAACAUGUUCGCUGAGACUCCUGAGGAAGCUCUUGAAGAUGAACGCUUCAGCCAUGCUACCUUUGUUCUUGCUGCUGGUGAACACGAGAUCUCAUUGAAUGCUAUCGACUCUGCCAAUGUUGAAGGCUCUGGUGCCAUUCGCGUUGUUCCUCAACUCAAUGCCUUCUACAAGAAGAAGGGUGGCGAUUGGGAUGAUGACGAUGAUGAAUGGGAUGAUGACAAGGGCGGCAAGUGGGAUGACGAUGAUGAAUGGGAUGACAAGGAUGACGAAAAGUGGGGCGGCAAAGGCGACAAGUGGGGCGGCAAGGACGACAAGUGGGGCGGCAAGGACGACAAGUGGGAUGACGACAAGUGGGGCAAUGAUUGGGAUGAUGACAAGUGGGGCAAGGAUGACAAGUGGGGCAAGGAUUGGGAUGAAAAGAAGACCAAGUAUGUCUACUACACCACUACCGGCGUAAGCACCGAUUACGAACCAGAGUCAGUUACUACAACCACUAUCACCCGCACUGUGCCUCCUACCAAGCCUAUCCUUACUCCUACCCCUGAGGAUGGCGAUGAUGGUGAUGAUGGUGAUGAACGCCUCUUGCCCACCAGCACUGUUACCAGUGGUACCACUACUAGCAUCGUAACUGAGACUCCUGACGGACCAGUGACUGAAGAAGCUACCCGAUACUUGAUGGUCUCCAUGCCUUGGCUCACUAUCUAA